GGUUGUUGUUGCAUUUAAUUAGUUUCAUUUUUCAUCCUGAUUUUCUUCAUCCAAACAUGGGAUGAUGGAUUCCAAGUGACACGAGACGAAAUUGACUCAGCUGAAUAUUGUUUUCAACGCAUAAUUUUGAAUUCUUGGUGACGACAGUUUUUUGAUGUCGUUGUUGAUCUUGUUUCCCGACAUCGCAGAUGAUUGCUUCCGUUCUAAGCUCUCCGUUUUCCCUAUUUCUUCUCAUUUUUCUCUUCUUCAGCUUUCCCACCUCACAAUCCCAACUCUUGCUGCCUUCUUCUCCGCCCUCAGUUAAACCGGCCACCGCACUCGUCGCCGCCCUGGAUGGUACCGUGUAUUUGUUGGAUAGUGAUUCUGGAAGGGUUUUUUGGUCUUUUUCAACUGGAUCUCCAAUCUACUAUUCAUAUCAUGCUCCCAUCAAUAACCCUAACCACAACUUCACCGCCUUCGUUGAAUGUGGAGAUGAUUGGGAAUUAAUCGUCCACGACGCUCACUUGGGUAAAAAGAGACUAUCGAAAUCGAUUGAAGAGUAUGUUGCUUCUACCCCUAUCAAGACAAAGGAUGGAGCAUCUGUAUUUGGUCACAAGAGAACCACUAUGUAUGUAGUUAAUGCUAAAACUGGAGGACUAUACCGAAGCUACUCUGAACAUGAUCAUGCUUCUAAUGCGGUGUCGAGUUAUGAUGACCGGCUGCAUGUUGCAAGUACGAAGGAUAAUGUUCUUGUUGAUCCUGCACAGUUGAAUCCACCUGAGUACUUGCUUGAGAUAACUAGGACGGAUUAUACUUUGCAAUCCGUUGUUCCUGGUUCUGGAAUAGUUUUGUGGACUAUGAAAGUGGCUGAAUUUAAGGCUGCAUUGGUUUGUUCGCAUACUGAAAAUCCUUCUGGAAGGAAAUCGUUAGAUGCAGAUGAUGGGUAUGUUUUGGACGGUGGCUUAGAUUUUGCCAUGCCCUAUGCAUGUUGGGACAUGAAACUGAAUGAAGUAUACCGCCAACGCAAGAAAUUUUUGAUAGAACCUGCUGACCCUGAGAGAUUGUCUGAGGUUUAUGAAGAGGUUGAUAUGCUUCCAUUUCAUACUUCAGAGCUCAUGCUUCCAUCACAACCAGCCAAUGAUAAAAUUGUUCUAGGCCGGGAGGGAAUGCCGAUGCUAUCUUUGCCAAUGCCAAAUCCUUUGUCUUCUUUGCAAAACAAAAUUGGCUUCUAUGAGGGCAAUGAUAAUGUUCCUAUGCUCCCUCGGUCUCUUAUGGAGACCACUACAGAAGAAGUUGAUCCAGGCAGGGUAAAUAAAUGGUCAAAAACAAUACCUCUUGUAUUAUUUACCAUCUUUCUAGGUUCUUUUAUUAUAUAUCACUCUCUUGUCUUUACCAAUAAAGACCAGAACAGGGAGACACAUUCAAAAAGUCCACCUCCUAAGAAGAAGAAAGCUCGCAAGUCAAUAAAGAACAACAUUUCUGUCACACAGAAUAAGCAAUCGUUGUUGGCGCAGGAGGAGGGCACAUUCACACUUAACGAAACAAACUCCAGUACACAGGUGCAACUUGAUGGACGCAGGAUCGGUAAACUAUUUGUAUCUAAUAAAGAAAUUGCCAAGGGAAGCAAUGGUACUGUUGUCCUUGAGGGGACAUACGAAGGUCGGACAGUUGCUGUCAAACGUCUUGUUCAGAGUCAUCAUGAUGUGGCCCAUAAAGAAAUCCAAAAUCUCAUUGCAUCUGACAGGCAUCCAAACAUUGUCCGAUGGUAUGGGGUGGAAUGCGAUCAUGAUUUUGUUUACCUUGCUCUGGAACGNUGUACAUGCAACUUGGACGAUUUGAUUCAUUCGCACUCUGAUAUAUCAGAAAACCCNGCAGUUAGAACUUCUCAAAUGAAGACAGAGGAGACUGAUAUGCACUUUCUUUGGAAAACAAAUGGUUUUCCAUCACCUCUCUUACUGAAAUUGAUGAGGGAUAUAGUUUCUGGGCUUGUUCAUUUGCAUGAACUAGGGAUAAUCCAUCGGGAUUUGAAACCUCAAAAUGUUUUGAUAAUAAAAGAAAGAUUAUUGGUUGCAAAGCUUUCUGACAUGGGAAUUAGCAAACGUCUUCUCGAAGAUAUGUCUUCUCUAGGCGAGAGUGUUACGGGCUGUGGCAGUUCAGGCUGGCAAGCACCUGAGCAACUUGUUCAAGGGCGACAAACACGAGCUGUGGAUUUAUUUAGUUUAGGUUGUGUUCUCUUUUUCUGCAUGACUGCAGGAAGGCAUCCAUUUGGAGAGCGGCUUGAGCGUGAUGUCAAUAUUGUUAAAAAUCAAAAAGAUCUUUUCUUAGUGGAGUUUAUUCCUGAAGCUGAGGAUCUUAUUUCUUGUUUGUUAAACCCUAAUCCUGAUCUUAGGCCAAUGGCGAUUGAAGUAUUGCAUCAUCCUCUCUUUUGGAGCUCUGAGAUGAGACUUUCAUUUUUGCGUGAUGUAAGUGAUAGGGUGGAACUUGAAGAUAGAGAAUCCGUUUCUGAUCUUUUGAAGUCAUUAGAAAGCAUUGCUCCACUGGCUUUAGGUGCAAAAUGGGAUGAGAAGCUAGAUCCUGAGUUCAUCACUAACAUUGGUCGAUACAGGAGAUAUAAAUUUGACAGUGUGCGGGACUUGUUGAGGGUCAUGAGAAAUAAGCUAAACCAUUACAGGGAAAUGCCUCAAGAAAUCCAGGAACUGAUAGGACCUGUUCCGGAUGGAUUCAAUGACUACUUUGCAAGUCGAUUCCCAAGGCUCUUGAUUGAAGUGUACAAUGUUAUAUACAGAAAUUGCAAGAACGAUGAAUGCUUUCAAAGAUAUUUUAGAUACAUUAACUAGUGCCUUCGCUUUUGUCAGUCGGAAAAGAUAGGUCGGUCUGGAGCGAAAUGUGUUUAGAUUUACAGAACGGAGGAAGAUUUGUAAUGUACAUAUGUUGUCACUCUUCAUAGAUUAGCUAACCAAAAGUUACAGUGGAAUUUCAUCUGUAUUGUCCCCAGUGCUUAGAGGGUUCAGCUCAAUGUACAUUAAUGUAUUCUUCAAUGGUUACUUUUUUACUGUAACUGAGUCAUACAAAAUUAAAAAUUAUAAAAA